GUCAUUAUAUUUAUCCAAGAAAGUUGUACCAGGCAUUAAAAUGAAAAAUAAACUGAAGAAACAAAGGUGGUUUAAUGAUUUUUUUUCUCUAACUGUAUGUUUGCAUGUGGACAAGAGGCCAAAACACAUAGAAAAAUAUGCGUUUUUAAAAUACCGUAAAUUCCGGAAUUGAUGCACCUGAACAUAAGCCGCACCCACCAAAUUUAAAGAGAAAAAAAAAUUUGUUCAAAUAUAGGCCACGCUUGCGUAUAGGCCGCAGGUGUCCAUGUUGUAACAUGAAGGACAUACUAUAAACCUUGCAAUCCAACCGACUCUUUGUUCCCAGCGUCACUCGUUAGCUCCGAUGAGUGCGAUGAGAUGAUUUAUUAUCGGACUUCAACAGCUGCCACGGCCCAAGCAGAAGCUGUAGCAAUUGAUCAAACUUACUUAAGAUUUGUCAGAUCAAAACAUGAUUGCUGCAUUCACUACUUUCUGAAGCUGCACUCAUAAUAAUAGGAAAUGUAGUUGUUUUAGCCAUAAAUUAGCUUCGUCGUUGUUUAAGCCACAGUGUUCAAAGUGUGAAAAAAGUAGUGGCUUAUAGUACGGAAUUAACGGUAUUUGUGUGGACAUAGCAGCCUUAAUUAAUAUUGCAAUAUUCAUACAGUAUAUACACAUACAUGCAGUUUGAUUAUUUUAGUAAGAGUAAUCUCUUGAUUAUUUUUUUUUUUUUGCGUAAUCAGAAAGAACACAUUUUAUAGCAGGGGUCCAGUUAAAAAUUUUAUGUUUGUGUAAUUUCCAAGGCAUAUUUUGCUCAAAAUGUUUGUCAAACUUUAAAGGUUCUACUGUAAAUAGAGCCUUAUACAAAGUGACAUGUGAAAGGAUUUGACCUUGAUUUUGGCAGUGUGCGCUUUCUUUUCUAAUUAUGAACUCUUCUUUACCCUCGGUCACCUUUUGGCAAAAACCCAUCAGACCCCCGACAGGCAGGGGCGAUGUUUUCUUAACUAAGACAUCAGGCUGCACAAGAGACUAACAACCUCAGACACGGCCAGCCAUUGUUUCCUCAACUUCUAAACGAAUGACUGCUCAAAAGAGUUCAUGGGACGGUUGGAAAUCUUUCACAAGAGCAGAUAAACAGACUUGCAGUGGUUCGAUUGAAUGUAAACACUGGUCUUAAUCUUAACCUUCAAACUCAGUCAUGGAAGGAACGUAUGAUCACAAUUUGCAUUGCUCCAGAUGUUGCAUCAGUACAUUGAUGAAAUGCUUCUUUCACACAGCAGUAAUUUAAACCUUGAGUUUCUAACCUUAAAUCUUCCCAUCCCAAAAGGCAUGGAGCCACUUCAUGCUUUCUCACGACACUGAUUCUUCAAAGCCUUGUCCAUUGUCUGUGCUUUUCCAAAGCUGACGGCCUCCUCUGGCGAGCUGUCACAUUCUGCUGGGCCUCUUCUUCGGCUCUGAGAGACUUUGUGAAGCGCGACAUGCUUGUUUUAGCGCCACAGACUCCAUUCCACCCAGCAAAGCGAUACAAAAGACAGCUUCAUUAGGAUUCUAAGAAAAUCCCACAGACUCUUUAAAGGCGGUAUUUAUCUGGACAGCUUGGCACAACUUUUUUCUCUCAAUUGAAACCUCCUUUACUGUUUGGCACUUCAGGCCUAACAGAACGUUUUGUCUCGAAAACUGAAUGCAACCCUUCCUCCUUGAUGAAGUCAGUACUUCUUUUUACAGAUAUGUUCAUUUGUCGGACUCCGCCAAAACCCACAGCAAAAACAAAAACCCUAUUUUACAUUUCGGGUUAAUGUAAGGGGUUUUGGAUGCCUAUCCACUGCUUGUCAUUCUUUGGCUAUGCAUCAUCAUACUCCCUGACAGUUAAGACUAGUAGAAACUGUUUACGUACGGUUUAGUAUUUGUAACGGGAAUAAAGGAUGAUGCAAACAUUUUUUGAGAAACGAGAGUGGUUGGAAAAAAAAUGAACUCCCUUUUCAAAUCAUAGCAUUUGCAUACUUGACGCCGACAUCCGCGGUGAGACUUUGUUCAGCCUCUGUCUCUGCAAUCGUGUUUUAGGUUUAGGCCCUCCCUCUGUCCUCCCACAUUUAAACUCGCCCACGUCUGUCUGCUUUACACAACACUUUGCACUUGCAAGAUUUGUUGACACUUUUUUGGGGUUCUUGCUAGGUUCAUUUUUAAACCCACACGUCAACAGAGGCUGUUGGCAGAAUGAAAGUCUGCGUAGCUUUUGUCUUGAGUGUGGCGGCCCUUAAUAGAUGGGCGUUGGCUGCAGGCCCGAAAGAGUUAUCCAUCACCACCAUAAAGCAAGACCCGUACACGAUGACCAAAGGCUCUGGAGGGGAGCUGGAAGGCUACUGCAUUGACCUGAUCUCCGAGCUCAGCCAGAAACUUGGCUUCAGUUACAAACUGCAGCUGGUGAAGGACAGCCGCUAUGGAUCCAUGGACUCCAGCGGUAACUGGAAUGGAAUGAUCGGUGAAGUCAUCAGAGGGGAUGCCGACCUGGCUGUAGCCCCACUGACACUCACCGCCAUCCGAGAGCAGUAUGUGGACAUGACCACCCCCUUCAUGCAAACAGGAAUAGGUUUCAUUCUCCACAAAGACGUGGCAGGCGAUGAGAACGCUUUCAGCCUCCUGGCUCCCUUCUCCACUGAGAUGUGGGUGGGCAUCCUCAUUGCGUUCCUGCUAACUGGUCUCUGCAUGUUCCUGAUGGGCAGGAUCAGUCCGGCUGAAUGGGCCAAGCCUGACACGGAGGAGCACAGAUUUACUUUAUUGCACAGCUACUGGUACAUUACGGGGGCUCUCACCCUGCAAGGUGCCGGUCCUCAUCCGAAAGCUGUUUCUGGAAAAGUGGUGAGCGCCAUCUGGUGGGUGUUUGUUGUAGUACUGCUCGCCUGCUACUUCGGCAACUUCCACUCCAUGACGCACUUCAACAACAAACACGUCUCCAUCAAGACCUUUGAGGACCUCGCCAACCAGGAUGUCCUUGAAUAUGGCACAGUGGACGGCGGCUCCACCACGCUUUUCUUUAAGAAUUCCAACAAUGCUGUCUACAGGCGCAUCUAUCAGCACAUGGAGCGUAAGAAGAGCUACGUGGCAAACAUGGAGGAAGGCGUUCGCCGCACUCAGGAGGGAAACUUUGCCUUCAUCGGUGAGGCCGUGUCCUUGGAUCUGGCUGUGGCUCGCUACUGUACACUGACCCGCUCACAGGAAGUCAUCGCCAUGAGAGCCUAUAGCAUCGCUGCACGUCAGGGUUUCCCCAUGGUAAGAAACCUCAGCAUGGCCAUUCUUCAGCUGAGCGAAUCUGGCGAACUCACUUAUCUGCGGAACAAGUGGUGGGCCAGCAGCUGUGUGGGAGCCGAUGGCGCCCCCGACUCGGAAACCCUCCAUCCUCAUGACCUGCGGGGUCUCUUCCUCCUCCUUGGCCUUGGCCUGGGUGUUGGCCUCCUCCUUGCUCUGCUUGAACUCCUAGCCAAGGCUCGCAGCCAGGCCAUUGAAGAGAAGAAAUCCUGCUGCUCAGUGUUGACAUCAGAGCUGAAUCAGCGCCUUGGCAGUGGAGGAGAGGUCGCAGAGCAAGACACAACAGACAAAAGCAAAGCCUAAUGCAUCCACUUUCAUAUUAAAAAAAACAACAUUUGGUCACUCCAUUCAAACACACUCACUGGCAGUGUUUCCAUAGUAACCGUUUGGGGUUGAGUGGUCUUUCCAGAGAUCUGCGCAACCCCUCGAAACACAUCAACAAGCAGCUACAGGUAAUCAUGAUAAAAGUGACACUAAAGUUUUAAUACUGCAAAAGCUAAUCAGUACUUACAAUGCAUGUCUUUUGCCCGUCGAUUAAAAUGACAGUUAUUAUGUACUAACAAUUUAUAUUGCGUGUAUCAUCCAAAUAAGUCAACCAACCUUCAAAAUGGUUUUACUUCAUAGUGCACAUAGACUUACCGAACGCCAGCUCGGGACGUGCAUUUUAAUUCCAUAUUAACACCAGAUUACAUGAAAGACAAACGAGCAAAAGUAUUAAAUGAACUUUCAGAGUGGACCACAAAAUUCCUAGUGUCGCUGCUAAGCUUUGCAGUAAGUAUCUGAAUUAUACCAUCUUGAUGGGCUUUCAGACACAUUUGUAAGAAAAAUCAAUAAAUGUCAU